AACGUGGGCGGCUGUCAUUUGCCAUUCCUUCUGGCUCGUUCGUCUCCGCCAACAUUUCCUCGAUACACCGUCGUGCUGCUUUUUUUAAAGAACACACGCUGCACAACUUUUCCUGUUGCGUCGCGCUUGAAAAAUGAAACGGAACUUGGUCGCUAUCGAAAUGGUCGAUAUUGUUUCUAGAGCCCAGACGAGAGAGUCGGUGAUAAAUAACAGAUUUGAAUCUGCACGCGAAAGAAAAGUUCAUUUAAUUAUACAUCCGUUCCAAAAGUGGCCAUGGAGCGUGACGUCUUCCUUUAUCGCGCGUACAUAGCGCAGAGGAAGUUCCGCGUGGUGCUGGACGAGAUCAACAAUUCGUCCCCGCCGGAAUUGCAGCCGCUCAAGACCCUGGCCGACUACUUUGCCAAUCCGCAUCGCCGGGAGGCGAUAGUGGCCGAGCUGGACAAGGAGACGAAGAACAUAAAUUACGACAACCACAAUCUCCUGAUCGUGGCCGCGACCGUUUACUACCACGAGAAAAAUCUGGAGGCCGCCCACCGAGUGAUAUGCCCUGCCGACAAUCUGGAGUGCAUGGCGUUGACGUUACAGAUAUACCUCAAGAUGGACCGUCUGGAUCUGGCCCGCAAGGAGCUCAAGGCAAUGCAGGAGAAGGACGACGACGACACCUUGACUCAGCUCGCUCAGGCGUGGAUAAACAUCAGCAGCGGUGGCGACAAGCUGCAGGAUGCUUAUUACAUAUUUCAGGAAAUGAUCGACAAGUAUUCCAGCACGAGCAUGCUGCUCAACGGCCAGGCCACUUGCUUCAUCGGACAGGCCAAGUACGAGGAGGCGGAGACGGCCUUGCAAGAAGCUCUCGAUAAAGAUAGUAAUAAUCCGGAUACGCUGAUCAAUAUGAUAGUCCUGUCGCAGCAUAUGGGCAAACCGCCGGAAGUGGCGAAUCGUUACCUAAGUCAGUUGAAGGACUCGCACUUGGAGCAUCCGUUCGUCAAGGAAUACCUGCAGAAGGAAAUUGAAUUCCAUAGGCUUAAAGAACAGUAUUCAUCCUCCGCCUGAGUACCCCUCACCAGAUUAUGGCAUUCCGUGGGAUAAGAUCGAUCGAGUAUUGACUACGAAUAGGAUCCAAGUGGACUAAGCAAGUUUGACUCCGUCGAAAGUGUCCGAUGAACAAGGCUUCUCCUCUUUAGCCGAAGUACUUUUCUUCCGAAGCUGAAGUAUCCAGAUAGACCUCCGAUAUAUAACUUGCAGUGGCAUUUCAGAUCUUUAAUUGAAAAAUAUACAUCUUUCAAUUGUGUAUUUCGUUUUUGUUCAGAGCGAGUCGAAGCCUGUCCAUGUAACAUUAACUCAUAGGGUUUUGAAAAUACACUUUUAGGAUGAUGCGGUUGCAUAUAUUGGGACUUCAUUCCAACUAUCUCUCGCGGAAUAGAAAACGCGCAGUUUUCCUAAAUAGACGUCUUGUUCGUAGACGAACAUGUUGCUCUGCAAUAUUAAAACAUUUUGUUUUUAUAUUAAACUAGAUAUAUAUAGAUAUAUAUGCCGGCAGAAAGUAGAUAGGUAUAGGCAAAGUUAUACGGAUGAUGGAAACGUUCGAAAUUGCGAGACGUACGUGAUUGCAAAGUUACCCAUUUUAUCCUGAUGUUACACUUUCACAUAAUCACAAAACAAUAUGGCUGCCAUUUUAUAAAAUUACAAAUUAUUAUCGAAACUAGAGACCAUUUCAUAAAGCGUGAGUAAGCAUCUCUUCAUACAUUAUUCGUAUCACCAGUUUAAAGAUGUAAUAGUUAGGCGAAAUAUUAAAAUAAAAUAUUUCGUACACGAUGAAUACGCAA